GCAUAAUUACGCCCCAGAUAUUUCACUCUUGGAUCCAGUGACUAAUGCUCUGACCUGCGUUUCGUAGGUAACGAAUCCUGAGCUGCUGUGAUCAUGCGCAUUUGUUGUCACGCUGUCUGGCCAGUGCGUCUUUGGCUCCUCACCACUUUGAAUCAGCGCAUCUUUGCUCUCUGUGGGUUCAGUGACGCGCUCUCCAGCGAUCUCCGGGCAGCUUUGAGAAUUGUAGGAGUGACUUUUGGAGAUGGAGAUGGAGGAUUUGAAAACUUCGAACCGAUUCUUCCACAAGUCUUCAUUCAGCAUCAGCAGCCUGCUGUGGAGACGAGAGGGGGUGAUGGGUGAACAGGAAUCUGCGUCUCCGUCCCAGAAACUGCGCUCUGCUCUCCCCGAGAAACCCAGUCAAGAGGAAAACUUUGACAAAGAGAAGAACUGCGAAAACUCAAGACAGUGCGCCAAAGUAGACGCUAAACCGAUGAGUGCAAAUGGAAAACGAGAAGGAAAUAAAGGGGAUUCAGAGAAAACAGGAGGAGCAGAAGAAAGCGUUAAAGCCGAGAAACCUCCUUUUAGUUACAACGCGCUCAUCAUGAUGGCGAUCCGCCAGAGCCCAGAACGACGGCUCACACUCAACGGCAUCUAUGAGUUUAUCAUGGGCAACUUCCCGUACUACCGACAGAACAGACAAGGCUGGCAAAACUCCAUCAGGCACAAUCUGAGUCUGAACAAGUGUUUCGUUAAAGUGCCGCGCCACUACGAUGACCCGGGUAAAGGCAACUACUGGAUGCUGGACCCCUGCAGUGAGGAUGUCUUCAUAGGCGGCACAUCGGGGAAACUCCGGCGCAGGGCAGCAGCUGGAUCCAGGAACAAACUCGGUCUCAAGAGGGGAGGAGGUCGCCUGAUGCCCUCCGGCACGGCGACCAGUGUUACUUUGGCUGCAGCGAGUUCAUUUUACUGGCCGGUGCCGCCGUUCCUACCUCUCCAAACCCCGGUGCGCACCCACCUCGGCGCAGGGACUUAUCUGAACGGUCACCCUCGCUUCUCCAAUCACUCGUUGGUUUCACAGCGGGCCCGGCUGAGCGCGAGUGCCGCAGAGGCCGACCGGUUCGUGCAGACGCACCAGGAGAUGUCUUACAUUGGAGUGAGUUGCGCGCAAUCCCGUCGCCAUCAGAUUGGCGCUGCCUGCACCGCCUUCUCCACAUCCAUCCCUGCGUGCACGCUGCCGCUGUCGGACCCAUGCUCUUUUAACAUGAUCUCCGGACAAGCCAGCUACUUUUACUCCCACCAGAUACCAUGUGCCGCCACGUUUAGUCCGUGCCAAGAGGAGUGCGCCACCUCCAAGACGUCUCCGGGACAGUUUUUAUCCAAGAACGCUCACUCAGACCUCGGGGGAUGCUGUAGUGACUUUCCAAAUUACUGCCCUCAAGUCAGUUCAAGCCCUCCUUCGUCUUGGAAUAUAGGGAAAUAGAGUCAUAAUACCAACAUUGCUGUAGAAUUUAGAUGGAAAAUAAAAGGCCAAAGCAUCCUGCUCACCCACAAAAUGGACUUUCUUUAAUAUCCUGAUGAAAAAUGCAACACUGGUCAACGAUUUUUUUGCGUUACAGUGGAAGAUAUCUAAACUAAAAUGGACAGUGUUACCAGGUUUGUAUAAUUUCAUCAAAGACCUGAUGUCCAGUUUGUGUUAAAUCAAUCAAAAAAAAGUAACUGACGGAUAAACUAAACGUGCCUCACACACUAAGAAAAGGUUUACCUACUACACAUUUCCAAAACUGUGCAAAAAACGACACAUUUUAAAAUCACAGUCAGUGUAACCAGGGUUUUAAAAAUUGUAUUAUUGGCCUCAUGGACCAUAUCUGAGCUGAAACUAUAUUCUUCUUUUCAAAACAAUGUUCACGUUACAUUUUCUCAUUAUUUUCGAAAUAUGCACUUAUUAGUAUCGAAAAGUGAAGUGAUGUUUGCGCGCAUGUCACCAUUUUAAGCCUAAUGCCAGGGACUGAAAUUAUAAUGCAAAAUGCCACAAAAAAGAAAGAAACUUUAAAAAUAAAAAUAAAAUAAAAAUUAAAUUAUGACUCUGCCUGAAGUGAUUCAUUUUAGCCAGCAUGUGAACGAACACCUUUAAACGCUAACUGUUGUUUUUAGAGCUAUUUACGUUGGGGGAAAACUGGCCUAAUUUAAAAACUAAAAACUGAAAUUAUUUUUCGCCCGAAGAUUGUUUUAAAUUAUGAGUUUACAGUGUGAGCAAAAAAAAUAUACGAUGUUAAAUGACACUUAAACUGCUCAUUUGCUGCACUUAUUGUCUUCGAUUUCGUUAAUGUUGCAACUAAAAGAAUAUCACAUUCCCUUUUUAAUUACCUUACAUGUAAUUAAACGAUAAAUAAUGCAUUUUUAAUUGUGUUUUUUUUCCUUUCACCUCAUUAAAACCUACUGUUGUUGAUUGUU